UUCACGCGGCUGUCUCUCUCUGCCUCUCCCCUCCCCUCCCGCCGCCCCUGCUGCUGCGCCGGCGGGAAGUUUUCCAUGAGCGCCCCUCCGGUGAUCCGGCCGCCCAGCCCUUUGCAGCCGGCGGCGGGAGCUGCUCCCGGCGGCGGCAUCUCCUUUCACCUCCAGAUCGGGCUGAGCCGGGAGCCGGUGCUGCUGCUGCAGGACUCCUCGGGGGAAUUCAGCCUGGCGCACGUCCGGGAAAUGGCUUGCUCCAUCGUGGACCAAAAGUUUCCUGAAUGUGGUUUCUAUGGAAUGUAUGAUAAAAUUCUACUUUUUCGCCAUGAUCCUACCUCUGAAAACAUUCUCCAGCUGGUGAAGUCAGCUACUGAUAUCCAAGAAGGAGACCUAAUUGAGGUUGUCUUGUCAGCUUCUGCCACAUUUGAAGACUUUCAGAUCCGUCCCCAUGCUCUGUUUGUUCAUUCAUACCGAGCACCAGCCUUCUGUGACCACUGUGGAGAAAUGCUGUGGGGUCUUGUGCGUCAGGGACUUAAGUGUGAAGGAUGUGGUCUAAACUACCAUAAGAGGUGUGCAUUUAAAAUCCCUAACAACUGCAGUGGUGUACGUAAAAGACGACUCUCAAAUGUUUCCUUAACGGGACUCAACACUAUUCGGACAGUAUCUGCAGAACUCUCACCUACCACCCCAGAUGAGGCCCUUCUGUCUCCUUUCAGCCCUGGCUAUGAGCAAAAGACACCAUCUGAAUCAUUCAUUGGGCGAGAGAAGAGGUCAAAUUCACAGUCCUACAUUGGACGACCUAUUCAACUAGACAAGAUUUUACUUUCCAAGGUUAAAGUGCCUCACACUUUUGUCAUCCACUCCUACACACGCCCAACAGUUUGCCAGUACUGUAAGAAGCUUCUCAAAGGGCUUUUUAGACAGGGCUUGCAGUGUAAAGAUUGUAGGUUCAAUUGUCACAAGCGCUGUGCACCUAAAGUGCCAAAUAACUGCCUUGGUGAAGUAGCCAUUAACGGAGAUUUGCUUAGUCCUGGUGCUGAGUCAGAUGUGGUCAUGGAAGAAGGAAGUGAUGACAAUGACAGUGAAAGAAAUAGUGGUCUUAUGGAUGACAUGGACGAGUCUAUGGCUCAUGAUUCUGAGAUGUCAAUGACAGGAUGCCACAGUGACAAUGGGGAAAUGCAAGAUCCCGAUCCUGACCAUGAUGAUUCUAACAGAAUGAUCAGCCCUUCAACAAGCAACAAUAUUCCACUAAUGAGAGUGGUGCAAUCUGUCAAGCACACAAAAAGGAAAAGUAGCACAGUAAUGAAGGAAGGAUGGAUGGUUCACUAUACCAGCAAGGACACACUGAGGAAAAGACACUACUGGAGGCUAGACAGCAAAUGCAUUACACUCUUUCAAAAUGAUACUGGAAGCAAAUAUUACAAGGAAAUUCCAUUAUCUGAAAUUUUGUCCCUGGAACCUGCAAAAAACUUCACUUUACUGUCGCAAGAAGCCAAUCCCCAUUGCUUUGAAAUAACCACAGCAAAUGUAGUUUAUUAUGUUGGAGAAAACCUAGAAAACCUCUCAAGUGUACCACUGAAUAAUAGUGUUCUCACCAGUGGCAUUGGUCUGGAUGUUGCGAGAAUGUGGGAGAUGGCAAUUCAGCAUGCUCUGAUGCCUGUCAUUCCUAAAGGGGCUUCAGUUGGAUCAGGACCCAGCCUGCACAGGGAUAUAUCCAUCAGUAUUUCGGUAUCAAACUGCCAGAUUCAAGAAAAUGUGGAUAUUAGUACAGUAUACCAAAUCUUCCCAGAUGAAGUGUUGGGAUCGGGACAAUUUGGAAUUGUUUAUGGAGGAAAACAUCGCAAAACAGGAAGAGAUGUUGCAAUUAAAAUCAUCGACAAACUAAGAUUUCCAACUAAACAAGAAAGCCAACUUCGUAAUGAGGUUGCAAUUUUACAGAACCUUCAUCAUCCUGGAGUAGUAAAUCUGGAGUGUAUGUUUGAGACACCGGAAAGAGUGUUCGUUGUUAUGGAAAAGCUCCAUGGAGACAUGUUGGAGAUGAUCUUGUCAAGUGAAAAAGGCAGAUUGCCAGAACGAAUAACAAAGUUUUUAAUUACCCAGAUCCUUGUUGCCUUGAGGCAUCUUCACUUUAAAAAUAUUGUUCAUUGUGAUCUCAAGCCAGAAAAUGUACUGCUAGCAUCAGCCGAUCCUUUCCCACAGGUAAAACUUUGUGACUUUGGCUUUGCCCGAAUCAUUGGAGAGAAGUCUUUCAGGCGCUCAGUAGUGGGCACACCAGCCUACCUAGCUCCAGAAGUGCUGAGAAACAAAGGCUAUAAUAGGUCUUUGGAUAUGUGGUCUGUGGGUGUCAUUAUUUAUGUGAGCCUUAGUGGUACAUUUCCAUUCAAUGAAGAUGAAGACAUUCAUGACCAAAUCCAGAAUGCUGCUUUCAUGUACCCACCAAAUCCCUGGAAGGAAAUCUCUCAUGAAGCUAUUGAUCUCAUAAAUAAUUUGCUGCAAGUGAAAAUGAGGAAGCGCUACAGUGUGGACAAGACGCUAAGCCACCCAUGGUUACAGGACUAUCAAACCUGGUUAGAUUUAAGAGAGCUUGAAAGUAAAAUCGGAGAACGCUACAUCACCCAUGAAAGCGAUGACUCACGAUGGGAACAGUAUGCAGGAGAGCAUGAUUUGCAGUAUCCAGCACAUCUUAUCAAUCCAAGUGCUAACCACAAGGAAAAUACUGAGCCAGAGGAAGCAGAGAUGAAAGCCCUCAGUGAGCGUGUCAGCAUCCUUUAAGUUGCAUCCCCUAUCAUCUGUCAAAACACUGUGGAAUUAAUAAAUACAUACGGUCAGGUUUAACAUUUGCCUUGCAGAACUGCCAUUAUUUUCUGUCAGAUGGGAACAAAGCUGUUAUACUGUUACCACUGUUGAUGCAUCCAAGUUGCCAAGACAAAUCAACAGAAGCAUUUUUAUUUUGUGUGACCAACUGUGUUGUAUUAACAAAAGUUCCCAGACACACUAAACUUGUUAUUGUGAAUAAUUCAUGUAUUAAAUGCAUUAAAACCUGUCUCCGCUGUGCCUUUGCAAACUAGUGUUUUUCUUACUUGAGCCUCGUAUUGGUAAGAGAGAACCUUUCCAUACCUAUCUCUGUUGUGUGUGCACCAUUAGUAUUGUAAGUGUAAGCAAACUCUUGAAGAGUAGAUUAUUACUGCUGUUCUGUGAACAACUUCUACCAUUUGGAUAAAGUGUUUAUUUGCUAUGGAAAAAAUAUAUUGAGAUAAAGAUAUAAAAAAGCAUGAAAAUAACAAAUUACAUAAUACUGUACAGUUUCAAGUCAGAUGCACCGUCUGUGUAUGUGUAUUUAUAUAGACACAAGCACGCACACACAUGGUGCAACCUGCUCUAAAGCCUAAAUGCCUUAGUAAUGUAAACUGCAGUAUACAUCAGUUGUAUUUCCCCUUUUCUUAAAACAUUCUGCUCUAACAUGUAAAUUUAGAAGCUGAACCACAUGUUGCC